CGGAUUUCCCGUGUCGAGGUUCAGGCCUAAAAAGAUGACAAGGCUUCUGAGAGAGCGUUUCCCUUUCCAAACGAAUGGAUGUCACUUAGAGCUUCAGAAUCAGAUGCAUUGUGGGAAGAGAAAGUUAUUUUCACUUUGCAUCAGAGGGCAGCAGAGGGACGAAUGGCAAUAAGAGCUGUUGGUUAACAUUACUUCCUGUCGAAGCUGGGAUUGCGGACGAUCAUGCUUUGAUCAUUCGGUGAUUGAUCGUUUACCCAUCCUUCUAAACCGGGUUGAAGAAGUCUCCAGUAAAGAAAGCGUGUGUCAACACACCAGCAGACACAAUUACAACGCCGCGAUUCUAAAAUGAUCCAAGCCACCGGCCAGAGGGAUCCUGACGUUUCACCUAGUGACAGAACAGAUGACGACGAUGACACGAUAAUAAAUCUGCAAUUGUUUCCGUAUUCAGAAGCUGGGAAUGAUUUAAAUGAUGGGGGCAUCCUGAACCGUUCCAACACCUUGACAAAUCGCCAACGUGGCAAUGAAGUCUCUGCCUUGCCAGCUACUUUGGAUACUCUGUCCAUUCACCAGCUUGCAGCUCAGGGUGAACUGAUCUUGUUAAAGGAAAAUCUCCGAAAAGGUGAGAACCUGCUGAAUAAGCCAGAUGAGCGAGGAUUCACCCCUCUGAUGUGGGCCUCGGCUUUCGGAGAGUUUGAAACCGUCCGCAGCAUGCUAGAAUGGGGCGCAGAUCCCCACGUCCUUGCUAAGCAGCGAGAGAGUGCCUUGUCCCUCGCCAGCACAGGAGGAUACACGGGCAUUGUCACCUUGUUAUUGGAGAAGGCCGUGGACAUCAACACCUAUGAUUGGAAUGGUGGGACUCCACUGCUUUAUGCCGUACGGGGCAAUCAUGUGAAGUGCGUUGAGGCCUUGCUAGCCCGUGGCGCAGACCUUACCACUGAAGCUGAUUCUGGCUAUACUCCAAUGGACCUCGCGGUGGCUUUGGGUCACAAAAAUGUCCAGCAAGUGAUUGAAAAACACAUUCUCAAGUUAUUGCGGAACAAGGGAAGAGAUGACAAAAGAGAAGCGUCUGAGUGAUGAAUAUCUCUGUUUUCUCCUCUGGAAUCAAAGAAAUGGGUGGAAGGGGUGUGUGUCUUUGAGACGGGCAUCUUCCAUGCCAGCCUGCAGAGAUGGCACCGAACCGGGCAUUUUCAGACAACAGGGUACAGAAAGAAGCACCUGAUGUUUUCCAAAAGAAAUUCCGCUUUCUUGAACAGUGAGGUUACAGGAUCCCAAUAUCAAGUCGACUUUCUUCUCAAGGAAUUGCUAAUUUACCUCUCCUGCAGAUUUAUGGAAAUUUCUCCUGAACGCCAAACCAUAAUUUGGGGGUGGGAUGGGGUGGGGAGGAAACUGUAUUGAGCAGAAGCUUCCGUUACGUCAGGAGCCUCCAAACCGGUGGUGGGUUGCAGGUUGUACGCCCUGGUAUGGGCAUACCGGUGCCUGCCAGGAGCACCGGCUACCAUUCCAGUA